CCCGGGAGCCCUCGGGCAGCUUACGGAGGCUAAGACCUGUUGAUGCCGGCGAUGGCAGUGCUCGGUAUAUGUGAUUCCAUCUGAUAUACUUAAGAGGAAAAGUGUCAGAGGGACUGUUCUGGUGCAGCUGUAUGAUUGAAGUUCCGUGGAGCUGUGUGUCUGCAUUUUUUCCACUCUAUUUUGGCAAACUCAGGCUAUAAACUGUGAUCAAACUGAGAACGUACUUGGUGCAACCUCAUCAUGAACCGUGCUUUCAGCAGGAAGAAAGACAAAACAUGGAUGCACACACCUGAAGCUUUAUCCAAACAUUACAUUCCUUAUAAUGCAAAGUUUCUUGGCAGUACUGAAGUGGAGCAGCCAAAAGGAACAGAAGUUGUGAGAGAUGCUGUAAGGAAAUUAAAGUUUGCAAGACACAUCAAGAAAUCUGAAGGCCAGAAAAUCCCCAAGGUUGAACUGCAAAUAUCAAUUUAUGGAGUAAAGAUUCUAGAACCUAAAACAAAGGAAGUCCAGCACAAUUGCCAGCUUCAUAGAAUAUCAUUCUGUGCAGAUGAUAAAACUGACAAGAGGAUAUUCACUUUCAUAUGCAAAGAUUCAGAAUCAAAUAAACAUUUGUGCUAUGUAUUUGACAGCGAAAAGUGUGCUGAAGAGAUAACGUUAACAAUUGGACAAGCAUUUGAUCUGGCAUACAGGAAGUUUCUAGAAUCUGGAGGAAAAGAUGUGGAAACAAGAAAACAGAUUGCAGGGUUACAGAAAAGAAUCCAAGACUUAGAAACAGAAAAUAUGGAACUUAAAAAUAAAGUACAAGAUUUGGAAAACCAGUUAAGGAUAACUCAAGUAUCAACAUCUCCAGCAGGCAGUGUGACAUCUAAGUCUCCCUCCACUGACAUCUUCGAUAUGAUUCCAUUUUCGCCAAUGUCACACCAGUCUUCCACACCUGCGCGCAAUGGCACACAGCCCCCUCCUGUACCUAGUAGAUCUACAGAGAUCAAACGAGACCUCUUUGGAGCUGAACCAUUUGACCCAUUUAACUGUGGAGCAGGGGAUUUCCCUCCAGACAUUCAAUCAAAAUUAGAUGAGAUGCAGGAGGGGUUCAAAAUGGGACUAACUCUUGAAGGCACCGUGUUUUGUCUUGAUCCAGUAGACAGCAAAUGCUGAUAUCAAGAAAGAAAGAUCCUGACUCAUAUUAAAUUUGCUUAUAUACACAUAUAGCAUUCACUAUUAUUUUAAGACAGGUAUUAAACAUGUGCCAAUAUAUUUUUGGAUAUCUUAAUGUUUUGAAAGCUUUUGUAGUGAAGUCUCUCCACAUUGACUGUUGAUCAGUAUCUUUAAUUUUAAAUACAACCUAGUGUAUGUCAUAGUUUUUUGUUCGUGUUUCUGUUGUGGAUGAAUUUAUCAUUGAAAAUCAAGUUAUCUAUAUAUUUGUCUGGUCUGAGUUCUAAAUAAUUGCAAUGCAUUUAUUCUCCAGGCUGCUAGUUUUUUAUUGAUUUCCCCCCCAAAAACCAUACUUAAAUAUUUUAAAAUUCUGAAGAGACAUGUUGACACCAAACUAAACUAGUGUUCUAUUUUCAAACCAAUGAAUAUAUUAUGAGACAGACAAUGAAUAUGCAUGAGACAAUGUUAUUUUAUGUGUAUAAUGUUCACAUAAUUGGGAAAAUUUAAACUUUGAAAUUAUGCCAUCAGUCCUCAAAUUUUUAAAUUAGUAAAGAAAAAAUAUAAAUUUCACUGACAAUUAAAUGAAAUUUAAGUAAUCUUUUCUAGUUAAUUUCAGUUGUAUUCCAAAACGUUUGAUUCAUUUUAUUUCACUUCUAAUGUGUGAGUAAGUUACAUUUGUUAUCUCGUAAGGAAAACCAUUUGGAAUGUAUAUCAUCUCUAGGUUUAAAGUUGUUCUUUAUCCUUGUAUUACCAACUAUAGUUUUUCUCACCAAAGUUUAUUUUAUGAUGUCUCAUUGUUUUGAUAUUUUAAAACAUAAAGAGAACUAUUCUAAAGAUAUUAUCAAGGCAUUUAGUGCAUCUAAAUUUGUACUUGGUCUGUUAAAGUCAAAAGCUUAAUUUUCACCAAAAUAAAUUUUCUGAUGAGCUGCAUCAUGAAUGUGAGCAAUAAAAUUUCCUGGAAUCUCAUUAAUGAUUUGCUGAUAAGUUCUGAAUAUUGUUGCCCAUGGUGUAACAGAGAACCAGCAAUCAUGCAGAAAAAAACAAUGAUCAGUUUCUACUUUGUUUUAUCAAAGAAUUAAGAAAAAUGAGUGAAAAUAUGGACUUAGAUUGGUGAUAGUCACCAAAGAUAAAUAGAUUCUUUACACAUGGGAAUUUUGUUCAAGCAUUAAAGCUACAUUUUCUAAGAACAGACAUCAGUGUACUUACGCAAUAUUGUACUGGUAUGCAUCGCCAUAAUGUUGUAUAGUAUAUGUGAAGCUUCUCAUUUGUGUUUUGUUACGUUCUAAGUUGUACCGUAAUUAGAGGACAGUAUAUAUUUCACAAAGUAGAGUCUUUAUAAUUUUAGAAUUUGUAUAAUGAGGAUGUUUAGGAGCCACAUGGCUUUUUUUUAACAGAUAGAAUUUGUAUUUUUAUUGUACUUGAAAAAGCUUUAUGCAAUAGGUAUAUAUUUAGUGGGCAUUUAUUAUCAAUGGUAACACAAUACAGUACUGAGAUGAUAUUUGCAUAUUUAAGAUAUGUUACUUUACCAAUUUUUAAUAGUAGUCAAUUCUGCUACUGGCAUGAUUAAACAGUACAUAAUUGGUCAUUAAUUAUGAACAUUUUAUUUCACCAGUACAUUUUUAUGAAGAAAGACAUGGUUAAAAAUUGUAUUUCUAUGUAAAUUCAAUGAUAUGUUUGAUUUUGCUGAG